UAUUGCAGUCAAAAAUAUUUAUCAUCAGCUGAGAGAAGUUCUAUGGCGAAGACACUUAAAAUGACAGAUGGCCAGGUCAAGACCUGGUUUCAAAACAGAAGGACGAAAUGGAGGUAA